AUGGCCCCCAUCACCGUCAAGAAGAUCUGCUGCAUAGACGCGUUCUUGGCUGACCUCCUUUCCCUCUCAGGUGGCCCCACUUGUGCUGUCAUCCCCAACAUCAUUGUCACCAUCGUCGACCUUAACCAGCAGCGAAUCGACGCCUGGAACUCUGACCAGCUCCCUAUCUACGAGCCUGGGCUCGACGAGGUCGUCAAGGCCGCCCGAGGCAAGAACCUCUUCUUCAGCACUGAUGUCGACAAGGCCAUCGAGGAGGCUGACCUCAUCUUUGUCUCCGUGAACACCCCCACCAAGAAGUCUGGUGUCGGAGCCGGUUACGCCGCCGACUUGAAGUUCCUUCAGCUCGCUACCCGACGAAUUGCCGAGGUCGCCAACUCCUCCAAGAUCGUCGUCGAGAAGUCUACCGUUCCUUGCCGAACCGCCGAGUCUAUGCGAACCAUCCUCGAGGCCAACUCCAAGCCCGGAUGCCACUUUGACAUUCUCUCCAACCCCGAGUUCUUGGCCGAGGGUACCGCCAUUGCCGAUCUCUUCGCCCCUGACCGUGUCCUCAUCGGUUCCCUCCAGACCGAGCAGGGUCUUGACGCUUGCCAGGCUCUUGCCAACGUCUACGCCAACUGGGUUCCCAGGGAGCAGAUCCUCACCGUCGGCCUCUGGUCUUCCGAGCUCUCCAAGCUCGCUGCCAACGCCAUGUUGGCCCAGCGUAUCUCUUCCGUCAACGCCCUCUCUGCCAUCUGUGAGGCCACCGGCGCCAACAUUGACGAAGUCGCUUUCGCCGUCGGCAAGGACUCCCGAAUGGGUGCCAAGUUCCUCAAGGCUUCCGUCGGUUUCGGUGGUUCUUGUUUCCAGAAGGACAUCCUCAACUUGGUCUACCUCUCCGAGUCUCUCCACUUGCCCGAGGUCGCCAAGUACUGGAGGGCUGUCGUUGAGAUGAACGAGUACCAGAAGGACCGAUUCUCCAAGAAGGUCGUCGAGACUCUUUUCAACACCAUCACCGGCAAGAAGAUUGCUCUCCUCGGUUGGGCCUUCAAGAAGGACACUGGUGACACCCGAGAGUCCCCCUCCAUCUCCAUCGCCAACCACUUCCUCUCCGAGAAGGCCCGUGUGUCUAUCUACGACCCCCAGGUUACCGAGUCUCAGAUCUGGCUCGACUUGACCGAGUACGGAGACAUCCCCGCCGAGCCCAUCAAGCCCCACGUCAACAUUGUCAAGUCUGUUGAGGAGGCUUGUGCUGGUGCCGAGGCUAUUGUCAUCUGCACCGAGUGGGACGAGUUCAAGACUCUUGACUGGAAGAAGAUCUACGCCAACUGCCCCCGACCCGCUUUCGUCUUUGACGGUCGACUUAUCCUCAACCGAAAGGAGCUCACCGACAUUGGUUUCAAGGUCGUCACCAUUGGUACUGGCGAGCGAGUUUAA